AUGACCCGUGAAACUAUAUUUUUGCUGGUCGAUGCGUGUUCACAAAAGUCGAGUAGUUUUAAGGCGGCAGAUUUAGCAACAUUUAUUGAUGAACGUUACUAUACAAUCAAUAAUUUGAAGAAAUCUGCGAAUAAUUUAAUUCGUUCAAUUGAGAACUGUCGUUUGGACAUACGACGUUGGGGUGGAAGACAUGAGGCUAACAGCAAUCAUUCUUAUUUUGAAGGCCACGAACGCGUCGAUGUUAUUACUCACCGGAAAGAAUUCAUUCAGCAUUUUUUAUCAAGAAAAGCUGAAUAUUAUACUAUAACAAAUGAUGAAUCUCCCAAAUGGAUUAUACCCACUACACCACACCGUACCAUUCUUAUUUGUCACGACGAAAGCAUUUUUCGUAGCGGUGAAAUUAGCCCACAUCGAUGGAUUAUCGACGACAAUGCACCAUUCUUCAGUAAAGGACGAGGUUGUAGUCACAUGUUAAGUGAUUUUUCAGUAUUACAUCCAUCCUCAUCUUUCUUUCGUUUAAAUCAAGAAGAAUGGAAUGAAGCAACAAGGAAAUAUCCAGAACUAUUACAAGAUAGUGAUAUUACAUAUGAAAAGCAUUCAGCAUCAGCAGCAACUAACAUAGGUGGUGACCUGUAUAUGGAUAAUUCAUCAGUUUUGGAACAAUUUGAGAAAUUUUUUAAAUUACUUCAAUUCAAAAAGGAAUUCAAAGGUCAUUGGUUUGAGAUUUUCGUGGAUACUGCGAGAACACACACCAAAAGACAGUAUAGCCUUCAUGACUUUGGUAAAAGUCCAGGCACCCGUUGUCCAGUACCAACAAUUGAAUUCAUUGACAGCAAAAAUGUGAAACAAACUGUAAAUUGUUAUUUUACUACUGGAAAUUUAAAAGGACAGUCAAAAGGACUUUUAGAUAUUGCAUUGGAUCUUGAUAUACGUGUGCCUGUGACUUGA